CUAAAGCUGGGAUGCGCCUUAUAUAACAGCGAUGGCCAAUCGCAAAUCCAAAGGAAACUCUUGGUCUCAUCAGCUAUGUAGCCUCUACUCGCUGCUCGUACUCUCCUUGGGUCUAGCGCUUCCUCUUGUUGCGGCUUUUCAAAAUGGGCCCGCAUCGCAGUCAGUCAUAUACACUAAGGUGUUCGAAUUAUAUCUAUACACCACAGCGAUUUUAUACCUUCUGUACCUCCACUGGUACUUGAUACGCGUUCAUGACCCAAAACGGAAACAGCAUGGCGCAGUUGCAAUUCAAAAGCUCAGGCCAGGCGGGGAAAACGGUUUAACAGACAGUGCAGAAACAGAUAACCAGGGGGCCACUACCCUACCAGUGCACCUUGGUGGUAGAGGAAUCAGUGUAUACCUGCGAUAUGGAGUAAUACUUUUUUCCAUUGGGACAAUUAUCUAUAUUGGAUUCCACCUGACAGAGUUCGCCUUGGAAAUAGUAGGACGGUGUAAAGACGUCUCGGCUCUCACAGUAACUGUCGGCGUUGUUCAUCUACUUUUCACAUUUAUUCAGACAUUCUUCGUCUUUAAGUAUCAUACAAUCGUCGUGAACAAACACCUAGUGUUCGCAAGGUUCGGGUUUAUACACCUUAUGAUUACCAACCUAUGUAUUUGGUUGUUGUACGUGAUUGUUGAGUCUAGCGACGACUUCUUUGACGACAGCAAAACCACGAACAGUUCCGGCACAGCCACCAACCACAAUGACGACACGCUAGGAUGUACAGCUAUAAUGUCUAUAACAGAGCGGGCUUCACCAUAUCUCUAUCCAUGCGUUUUGGAGUACAACAUUAUUGCUGCAGCAGUUAUGUACACCAUAUACAACACCGUUGGGACACUUCCAAAUAUCUCGGAAAAGAAGCCGCACAAGCCUAGCAUUCAUGAGACAAUGGAUGGAGUAUCGAAGGGUUGCGACAAGUCAAACGUGGGGCUCUUUUUAGGCAUGCUGGUUGCCAUCAUCACUCUGAUUUCCCUGAGCAUUUAUUUUGUCUUAUUUGCAGAAGCUGGGAGGGAUGGUUACCAGUGGCUUUACUUAAUUCCUUUUGAGUCGAUGAUGAUUUUUGUGCUCAUGGCGUCGCUAAUAGCUGUCAUAGUUUCUGUGUGGAAGAUGAGGAUUUUGGACUAUCGACAGGAGCAAGAUGGGGGAGUCAGUGUAUUUCUUAUGCUUACGGGCACACUUGGUGGUUACAUCGGCAAUAUAUUUGUUGGGAUUGCUUUGUUGCAUGUUGUGUAUACAAUGGAUACGACGCUCAUUCUCACUCUUAUUUCAACCUUCCUAAGUGUCAUACAGAUAACUAUUCAAACUUUCUGUAUUUUUGACGGAGGCAGACGACAGGUAGCAGACACAAAUCACGUGAUCCAGAAACCUGGGCGCUCGGCAUUGGCACUAUUGCUUAUCUGCAACCUAUGUUUGUGGGUCAUUGAAACGCUGGCCGUUAAGAAGGCUUUUGAACAUACGACUGUCUUUGAGGACUUAUAUGGUAACUUGCCUUGGAAAAUCAUUACUCAUGCGACGAUUCCUCUAAUAAUAUUUUAUCGUUUCCACUCUGCAGCAGAACUAUCAGGUAUAUGGAGUAGGGCAUAUGUUCCAAAAGUCAUCGAACAAGUCGAAGUCACAAAACUUUGA